UACAGACCAAUCAGAUUGCUCUAUAUAAGCUACCUGUGGCUUCCAGACCAAUCAGAUUGCUCUAUAUAAGCUACCUGUUUUAUAAGUGAUGAACUAAGUCAUGUCUUGUUUUCUUUCCCAGGCCGAAGUAGAGGAAACUCUGAAGAGAAUCCAGAGUCAGAACGGAGUGCAGGGCAUCAUCAUCGUCAAUACCGAAGGAAUCCCCAUCAAGACGACCCUGGACAACGCCAGCACGGUCCAGUACACGGGCCUGAUCCACCAGCUGGUGAUGAAGGCCCGGAGCACCGUGCGAGACAUCGACCCCCAGAACGACCUCACCUUCCUCCGGGUCCGCUCCAAGAAGAACGAGAUCAUGAUCGCUCCAGAUAAGGACUAUUUCUUGAUCGUCAUUCAGAACCCCUCGGACUGAA